AUGACUUCUACACAAGUCGACAAUGAUCAACAGUAUUUUCAGUCAUACGAUCAGUUCGAAAUUCAUGAAUUGAUGUUACGCGACCGACCACGUGUGUCAGCAUAUUACGAUGCAAUGAUGAAUAACAAGCAUUUGUUCGAAAACAAAGUUGUGCUGGAUGUAGGAUCAGGAACAGGAAUAUUGAGUAUGUUUGCUGCUAAAGCUGGUGCUAAAUUCGUCUAUGCUGUUGACGCUUGUUCGAAAAUCUGUCAGUUGGCUGAAAAGUUAAUUCAAUGCAACGGUUUACAAGAUCGCGUCAAAGUAUUGAACAAACGAGUAGAAGAAAUCGAGAAAUUUGAGCACAAUAUUGAUAUCAUCAUCAGCGAAUGGAUGGGUUUUUAUCUUUUCCAUGAAAGUAUGCUGGAAUCGGUGAUCUAUGCUCGUGAUCAUUUUCUUCAGAAAUUAUCCUCGAAUGAAGACAAUACCCCCGAACCCAUUGAAUCCAUCAUGAUGUUCCCAUCCCAUGCUUAUUUAUACUGUGCUCCAUUUGUCGAUCAACAUAUUCGCAUUGAAUCCAAUACGAUGUGGAAUGAUUAUUUUGGUUUGAAUAUGUCACCUUUGGUAUCUCAUAUAAAAAAUUCUGAUCUAAGUGAAUGUGUGAUCGAUACCAUUGAACCAUCUCAACUUGUUCAUGAUGCACAAUUAAUUCAAUCGAUCGAUCUUCGCACCGUUCGUAUCGAUGACCUUCGAUCCAUGCGUUCAUUUUGUGAAUUUGAAAUCGAUAACACAUGUAUUAUCUCAGGUUUUUGUUUCUGGUUCGAUUGCUAUUUUUCCUCAACGAACAAUUCGUCCAUUUUACGAUCAGUACGUUUGACUACUAGUCCACACGCAUCGAAGACCCAUUGGAAACAGACGUUAGUCUUCCUUCCAGAAGAUAUCUAUCCCUUAAAAGGUGAUAUCGUACCAGUGAACAUCAAAUUGAAACAAUCAGCAGAGAACCGACGGCAUUACAACCUAACGAUUGCAUUGAAGAAGAUCAAAGAAGGUGCAAGUGCAGCCACAGGUGAUGAUGAGAAUUUUCUGACAGUGAAAAAACGACAACGAAGACGAUCGUCGACGAUAUCAUCCGAUAAACACGCCAUGGAUACAUCGAGUGAUAGUUCAAGCAGCGAGAAUGACGAUGAUGAUGGAGAUGAUAAUGAUUCGCAAUCGGAUGAACAUCCGAUUCCAUGUUCAUGUGAUCGUCCCAAAUGCAAACUAAUUCGUACGAUUAUGGAAAAAUACGAUGAAGAAAAUAUGUUAGAAUAA